GGCGGGGGGUGCUCCCCGGGCAGCCCACGGCCGGGUGCCGGGCUGCCCGCUCUUCUCCAGGACCUGCCCCGUGACCCGCGAAGCCAACGCAGCUCGCCAGGUAGAGAGAUGCCUGGGCAUCGGAAGCUCUCUGCAGCAUGCUGAGGAGACGUAACCUUCUUACCACGCUCCUGAUCGCCUUGCCAUGGGCUCUUCUCCUAACCUUGUGGCAUCAGUACCCAACCACCCGCUACCUCAGCCUCCUGAAAAAAGAGACAGAUGAGAAUGUGACCUCUAAAGCUCUUGUCAACGGUACCUCGGCACUGAGAGAGGAAGGCCUCCCAUCAUGCAUGAGGCAGCAGCAGAGCAUGGUGGCAACGCCUAAAGUCAUCCAGAAUUAUGUGUACUCCAGGCCUCCCCCAUGGUCAGACAACUUGCCAACCAUCUUCGUUAUCACUCCUACCUACACCCGGCCAGUGCAAAAAGCUGAGCUGACCCGAUUGGCCAACACCUUCCUACACGUACAGAACCUACACUGGGUGGUGGUGGAGGACUCACCCCGGAGGACCAACCUGGUAUCCAACCUGCUGGAGAAGGCAGGGCUUAACUUCACCCACCUCAAUGUGGAGACCCCCAAGAGUCUGAAGCUGGGCCUGUCCUGGAUCCCAUCCCACACCCCAAGGGGGACAUUACAGAGGAAUCUGGGGCUGCACUGGCUGAGGAACAGCUUCAGCAACGCUGCACCACCAGAAGGGGUAGUGUAUUUUGCCGAUGAUGAUAACACCUACAGCCUGGAGCUCUUUGAAGAGAUGCGCUACACAAGGAGGGUGUCAGUCUGGCCAGUGGCUUUCGUUGGGGGUCUGCGAUAUGAAUCCCCAAAAGUGAGCCCUGCAGGGAAGGUCGUGGGCUGGAAAACCGUCUUUGACCCAAACCGACCCUUCGCUAUUGACAUGGCUGGAUUUGCCAUCAGCAUCAAGCUAAUCUUGGAGAAGCCUCAAGCCAGUUUCAAGUUGGAGGGAGUUAAAGGAGGCUACCAGGAAACUAGUUUGCUGAAGGAUCUGGUGACUAUGGAUGGUUUGGAGCCAAAAGCAGCCAACUGCACAAAGGUGCUAGUCUGGCACACAAGAACUGAGAGGCCUACUUUGGUUAAUGAAGGCAAACGUGGAUUUACAGACCCCAGAGUAGAGGUGUAAGCAGUGAGCCAGCUCCAGGGUAGGCACAGAGCACUGCUGGUUCCAGAAGUUCGACAGCAACCGCAACAGCUAUGCAUACUGCCUGUUCUGCCCAGCACUCUGCUCUACCACUGGACGAUGAUAAAUGCCCCCAAAUGUGGCCACAUCUAUCAGCUGCCACUGCCCGAAAGGUGGUAACAAACAGGGACAGAGCUGAUGUGGUGCCCUGUGAGCUGACAGAUCUUUACCUUUGACUUCACGCACUGGCUACCAUUUCCCAUCUGGAAGAGGAGUGCUUCCCUUCCCCCGUGGGCCCUGUGUUCAUUCAUUAAACAGGAAAUUUAUUAGACAUGAUCUUCAUUCUCUGCUCUGCCAGUGGAAAGGCUGAAAUCCAGGGUGGCUGUGGAAUUUCUGAAGAUCUCUCUUGGCAGCUUGUGAAACUACAGCUGUACAGCUGUGGCGAGCUACAAUGAUUCAGUGGCCGGAGUUGUCACAGAAGCACAUCUGUCAGUCAGCCUGAGAAUGGGAUGCUUUCAAAGCAGCUUAAAAACAAAGCUAGCCUAAGACAGGUUCUCCCUCUGAUGGACACACUCAGAUACCUACGUGGCUCAGCCUUCAGUUUUGGGGAAGGAACUGUGCUGAAGCACCUCAUUCUCAGUUUGGGAGUUCAGAAAGGUAUGUAGGUACCAAGUAGGGAUCUGGUGCCUACACCUCAGCUUCUUGCUUCAGCUGAGAAUAGAACUGCCCUAAAUUACAGUCAUUUUGGAAAAUGCCAUACCAGAUCGCCAGACCCACAGCCCUCUGGAUGAAGUUCCUCUCCCCCUCAGGGAGACCUGGCAAGUACUGUACCUCAAAGGCCAUGCCUCCAUGUGCCACUGGAGAGACCAGAAAGCAGGAAAAAAGAUGGGUGGACUUGGAAGUUUUGUUGCUAGCUUGGAACCCCGCUGCAGCUUCAUCAGGCACUUCAGUAGCCUCAAAUCAGAUAUAUAGAGUUGUUUCCUCAAUUUCCACAGACAGAGACACCUCUCUGGAGUGGAGGCAGGUGAGAGGUGCUCAGAGAAGAGGAACCCUGAGCCUGUGCUCAUCUCCUGUGACAACAUCAAGGAAUGUGGAGAGACACCAUCAAGAAACUAUUCUUGAGCACCAUAAAUGACAACAGAAGUAGCAAAUGUGACAAGGCUUUUCAGGUGAACUUUGAAAGGCAUAUUUGGCCCUGUGAACAGAGAGAAGAGAGAUUGUCAUCCAGAGCAAUUUCCUUUUCCUUUAAUAAAACAGGGGGACAGUGAGGGUAAAGGCAGCCCACAAAGGAAGAGGUAGCAAAAAAGGACUAGAGGAUGCACUGGAUUAAAAGCACAAUCGUUUGUAUCACGUAGAAGAGGGGCAGGUAUCACUCCAACUUCCAUGAAGAUACCUGAAUGCCCAGAAACCCCUCUAAGCACAUCUUGAAAACCAUCUUCACUCAAGCCAUGAGAAACAGGGCUUUAGGCUUUCAAAACACAUUAAGAAUUUUCAUAGCUGGGGGAAAGUUAUGAGUAAUUGAACCAUUCCCCACCCAACAAAAUCUGGCCUGGCAGGAGACUUAUUUAUUUGUUGAUUUAUUUAUACUACAAUUCUUUUCUGCCUAUUCCUUGUUUUGUUCUGCAUUUUAGC